AAGUCCACCAGCUUUCACUGGAGCAAGACAGAUGUUGGCACAGUUACUUGAGUGGAAGCUGACAAGGGGGUGGUGAGUGGCGCGGGGAGGGGCGGGGGGGUGUGGCAGGAAUAUUAUAAUCUCUCAUUGGAGCUUUUAGUAGCACCAUGUAUUGGAGCUACAAUGCAUUCUUUGCAUCUGAUGACAACGGCAACUCGUUCUUUCUAUUCUCCAGUUAACUUAUGUGGUUCAAUUAAUGUUCGCUUAGUGGCUGUGAUUAAGUCUUCAAUGUAUGCAUUCCUCAAAUAAUUAAAUAAAUGAUUGGAGUUAACUUUGAGAUGAUUGUCUUGACACAAGUUGAAAAAUGUAGAACAUAAUGGGAAACUCUGCACAUUUAUAACAACAUGGCAUAAAGUUAAAUAUGAGAAACCUGCAUGCUGAAAAGUGAGCGUCUAAUCUCGUUUAUGCUGACGUAUCUGUUCAGCUGUCCAAGGAAAUAAUGAAGUUUCAAUGUGGGACAUGGAAACUGGAGACAGGCGAUUCACCCUUUGGGCCAGCAGUGCUCCACCUCUCUCUGAAAUGCAGCCUUCACCACAUAGUAUUCAUGGAAUCUACUGCAGCCCAGCAGAUGGAAAUCCUCUGCUACUAACUGCUGGAUCAGAUAUGCGGAUAAGGUUUUGGGAUCUAGCAUAUCCAGAGCGAUCAUACAUUGUAGCAGGAGGUGCAAAUGAUGCUCUGCAUUGUCCAUCUGUCUCAUAUUAUAGAAAGAUAAUUGAAGGAACUGAGGUUGUGCAGGAAAUUCACAACAAGCAGAAGGUUGGAUCUUCAGAGGAUGUACCCCGACGAGGUCCAGAAUCUCUCCCAGUUGGGCAUCAUGACAUUAUCACUGAUCUUGCUGCUUUCCAAACGACCCAGGGAUUUAUUGUAACUGCUUCACGAGAUGGGAUAGUCAAAGUAUGGAAGUAACAGUUUGAUUCUGAAAACAAAGUGAAGUACACUGUUUUGUCUUCUUUAUACAAUGAAGUACCGGAUUACAUGUUAGGGAAGAUUAUACCCUGAUUUUGUUUUAAGUUUAUGCAAAAAUCAUGAAGAAUAGGAUUUUAUUUUUGUGGUAAACAAUGUCUUCACGUUUUUCAGAUAUUAAACCUUAUGUUCUCUUGACCUUGCAACUGUAGAAAUGAACUCCCACAAUAGGAACCCAAGAGUGUCUUUGUUGUUUCAGUACUGAACGAGAGAUGUAAUUGCAGAUUAUGAAUGAGGGAUGUAUUUUCUUCAUUCUGCAUUCAUUCAUUUUUGAUCUGUGAACUUUUGUAAUACAAGAAUGUUAUUUUAAUAAUGUCUCCAAAGUAGUUAAAUUUCUACAAGCAAAAAUAAUUCCCUGAAUCAUUCCAAAAGACUUUGGAAUUUAAAAGAGAAUAUAAAUUGGAGUAGAUUAUAACAGUAAAUAGUUACUUUAGAGUCCCUCCAUGCAUUUUCUUUUUUUUCUGACUUGUAAAAUGCUUGCUUUGAGUUCUUGCAUUUUCCCACAUAAUGCAGGAGUAUGUCCUCACAGCAAGUAUGCUUGGAAUCAUUAAAUGUCUUUGGUGCUUCCAGCAUUGUUUUGAGACUGUAGAGUACACUUAUAAGUACUUGGAGGAGAAAGCUGUUGGAGAGAAACUGAGUCAGCCUUUUACGAAUGGACUUUGUCACUGUGGUCAUUGAGCAAAUAGGCCGAAAAGGACUAAAUACCUGAUGUCACUCCUGGUUCGAGCAUCAAAUGGGAAAGAUAAAGCUCAUCGAUGGAAAUAUGCAGAUACUUAAAUUAAGCGCAAGACCUGUAGUGGUAACUUUUAAAUGAAUACUUGAGCAUGUGAUUAUUUGAUGGUGCAUUGUACAAGCUUAACUGAAUCUGAAGAAAUUUAAAAAAAGAUCUUGCCCCAAGAUGCAGUUUACUGGUGCACUUUUAAAGUAUUUAAUCUUUCUGCAAAUGUUCUUAGUUUAUCUCUGACAAGAUAACUGGCUUCGUCAUGACCAUCGUCUGAUGCCAAAUAAUCACUGUAAUCACAUUUAUAUUAUGCUUAGUAAUUGUGAGAAAGAUUUGAACAUUUUUUGCACUUCUGUCAAAUGCAAAUGGAUGUGGGGUUGCACAGAAUCUUCAGUGAGAAAUAUCUACAAUUCCAUAACCCUCUGCGCUGGAAACUGUAGUGGUGUAGCAGGUGCAUGUAGAGGACAGUAAGUGAGCCUGUUAAAUUAUUGGACUUGAAUUUAAGGGUUUCAACGUAAAUGUUAUCAUCACUUAUUUGGGAAAAAUAUGAAAAUGUAUGUACUGUAAGUAUUUGAGCUUUAGUUUUUGGAACUUCAACUGAAUAAAAUGCAAUGUAAUGCAUUUUACUCAACUUGUUGGCAUGACACAAACUUGCUCUUUGCUUUUCGAAGGAAAAAUGAUUAAAUAAUUAAAACUUGUGUUACCAGUU